AUUACUUAUUUAUUUUGUUUUUGAAGGCAUGUAGCAAAUUUUCCCUGAGCAAGACGGCGAUUGAUAAUCUGCUAUUACAGUGAAGAAGCUCACGAACCGGAAGUCGACAGCCGAAGAGAGUAGAUCAAUCAUGGAAGUUCAGGGCUCCUCGAAGAAGAUGAUAGCGACGCAGGCUGAGAUGGUCGAGGCUAGGGUUCCAAUUCCUUACAGAGAUCAAUGCGCUCACUUGUUGAUCCCUCUUAAUAAAUGCCGCCAAUCCGAGUUCUACCUCCCAUGGAAAUGCGAAGACGAGCGCCAUUCUUACGAGAAGUGUGAAUAUGAGCUUGUUAUGGAGAGGAUGCUUCAGAUGCAGAAGAUCCGUGAACAGGAGGCCAAGUUGAAGAAGGGUGUUCCUCUCAUUCCCAAAACUGCCAAUGUAUGACCUCAUUCUUCAAUUAGGAAGCCGUAAAUUGCCGAGGCAUGUCAAGGUUCACUAUUUUCCAGCACCAGCAAUGGGAAGGUAUUUGAUACUGUUUGGUCGUUUGUAAACUCCUAAUUUUGAAUGCCAUCUUUCCAAACUUUUGAAUCUGGUCGGCAUCCUGUAUUCAGGUUUUGGAAUAAAGUUACCCCCCUUAACUAAGGAAGUGUAAACUUGAUCCUUUGAUUUCUUUGAUAAAGUAUCUCAUCUAUGUUGAUGUACUAUUUUCUUGAAUA